CCCGUCUAUGCCGUCUAUGCCAUCUAUGCCUUCUGUUCUACCAUGUCGUCGUUUGCUGUUCUGUUUCGUGCUGCGUAGUGACCUUGUUCGGUCAUCGUUUCUUUUUCUGCCUGGUGGGUUUGGGCUCAUGGUUGUUGGGCGAUCGUUUCUUAGCGUAUGUCUGGUUCUCGGCUUUGGUGGUCGUCUCGGCCACGGUGCUUUGGUGUGUCUGGCGGUCGCCGCCUUCGUCAGGCGAUGGGGUGCGGCCCGGACAUCUCAGUGGAUGGUUUCUUGA